GAUAGCUUAGUCUAGUCGAUCCCUUUGUGUUGACCUCGCUAUUACUCUGGAGUAUAUAUCCACACAAUGAAAUUAAAACACUUGGAAUCCGCGUUAUCAUCGCUGCAACGUGAGUUUCCCGACCCCAAGGUGGAUCUGGAACAGUAUCCUACCAGUGCCCAUUUGGCGGCGUGGGUAGCAUUGACAUGUUUGGAGCGAGGCGAUAUUGGACCCCGCCGAUCCGUCUUGGAUCUAGGAUGUGGGACGGGCAUGUUGGCACUGGCAUGUGCCCUUGUGGAGACGGAUGUUGUCAUGGGAGUGGACUGUGAUGAAGAAGCACUGCAAGUGGCUCAAGCCAACUGUCAAGAGUUGUUUGACGACGAAGAAGAUACCGACACCAAAAUCGAAUGGAUCUUGGCCAAGCUACAAAAACCGCCAGUUGUUACCCAAAAAAGCACAAAGAAUAACGACAACCACAAACAAGCCAAACAAAAAGGUGGUGGUCGAGGAGGUGGUCGAGGAAGAGGCAAAGGAAGAUCCUCCCAGAAUCAACAAUACCAACAUGCCGCUCCAGUCUUGACCAAUCCACUGUUACAAAAGCAAAAACAACAACCAACAGUACCCACCGACGGUUUGCCACAACUCCACUCCAAUUGCGUCGAUACGGUCGUUACCAAUCCACCCUUUGGCACUAAACACAAUGCCGGCAUGGACCUACAAUUCUUGCAAACGGCCAUUCGAUUGGCACGACGAGCCGUCUACUCCUUUCACAAGACAUCCACACGACCCUUUCUCGUCAAAACAUGUCAAAGCUGGGGAUUACAAGUACAAGUCGUGGCUGAAAUGAAAUUUGAUAUUCCACAAAUGUACAAAUUUCACAAACAAAAAUCCAUGGAUGUACAAGUGGAUCUACUCCGCAUAGAAAUAAUAGGAUCCAAUGAAAAUGACACGGAGGAAGAAGAGGAAGAAAGGGCGGAGGAACAAAGGGAAGACGGACAAGACGAUAGUGAAGAGGAAGCAGAGGACGAGAAAUCUGAAGGAUACUGAAAAUGCACACACAACGCAACAACAAAUCCAUGGCCCAAAGAGGCAGUGCCAACGAAAAAAGAGAAAAGAACAAUCGACAUUACAAUCUGGCUAUCGGUGCCAUAGGCAAAGCCUUCCAAUGGCAAUUCCGUUUUAGACACUAGAACGAACCAUGCAAUCUAGCGGGCCAAGUGGAAUCAGUGUUGGAACGAGGAUUCCGGUUCGUAACCUGCAACAAUCUACACAAUUGCUGUGUCUGCUUGAAGUGCCGAGCCCGCGGGCGGGAGUGCUCUCGAACGCGGCAAGAAACGGAUGUGUCAAUCCGGUACAUCCGACAGACAGGGCUCUGCCUGUGCAUUAAGGAGGCGACGAAAGAAGACAGGGAUCUGCCUGUGCAUUAAGGAAGCGACGAAAGAAGAGGAACAGGAUGGCAGAUGUGCAACAUGCACGCCGCUAAGCUCGACAAGAGUGUGAACUUACAAAGACAGCUACUGGAAUCCGCAAAACCAGAUCUCUAGCUACACUGUAGGUUCGUUCCCUUCGUGUGGAGGUAACCGAGUUUCAGAAGAGCGAGAAAAAGCUUCGGAUUGAAGGCGUUACAUUGUAUCCGAUGUUGGUACCAGUAACGGGCUAUGCGUGGCAAUGUGGGACGUGGCGCGUGCGGCCGCGUUACUACUGAGAGCUGUGCAGCUCUGAAAUUUUCAUUUUCCACAUGAAUCCUGACCUGAAAAACUUUUGGAUCUUUGGUAUGUUUUGGGGGGUACGCGGGACCGAGUCGGAGUGCUACGUUAUGUGCGAGACGAUGAUGGCUGAGUGGCUGGCUGGGUCCAAAGCUCGGACUCAUUGUUUUGAUUUGCGACAACAACAAUUGCCAUGUCAGUCAAACGUAUUCUGCUUGGUGUGCUGCUUUUCGCUUGUAUUGCGUCGUCGCAAUGCAACGAGCUAUCCAAAAAGAUUGAAGACUGGUCUUUCGCUGAAGUUGUCAAUAGCAUCAUCGGAAACACGCUUAUGCUUUUCCUUCCAGAAGCCCUUGUUGCUUUUGUUUUUGGCCAGAGUGUCGCUUCUUUGGUUAGCGCCUUUUGGGAAGCGAGCAAGUCAUUCGAGACCUCUAUUGCUGCCUUUAUCGAGUGGCUAGGAAACUAUUGGUCAAAGUCGUACUAUCAGCUCGCACGCGA